AUGGCCUGCUUCCCCCCCGCCCGCGGGGGGCCCCUCGAGAGGGGCCCCUCGGGUCUGUACCCUCCCUUCGAGCUGCCGCAGCUUGCUGCUCCCCUCAGCCAGCUGGGGGGCCCCCGCCCCUGGCUCUUCAUCAGCAGCAAAGGGCUGCCAAUUUGCUGCUACAGUUGGGACCUCCCAAACCCCACAGCUGUGGUGGUUUUGGUCCACGGCUACGGGGCCCACUGCAUGUUCGAGUGGCUGCAGCCCACUGUGGGGCCCCCCUCCCGCGCAGCAAGUUCGCUGCUGGACGAAGACAAAGCAGCAGCAGCAGCAGCAGCAAGCUUUUCUCCGCAGCUUUCCCAGUCCCUUUCAGGCCUUUCCUUCAGCCGCACUUCUUCGCUGCAGCAUGGGGCCCCCGAGGGGCCCCCGAGGUCGCUAGCCUCCACAGCGGGGGCCCCCGAGGGCCCCCUCGAGGUUUCCCCCGAGGGCCCCCUCGAGGGCCCCCUCGAGGGCCCCCCCGAGGGCCCCCCCGAGGGCCCCCCCGAGGGAUCCCCUGAGGGGCCCCCCGAGGGGCCCCCCGGGGGGCCCCUGCGGCUGGUGGGGGGCCCCCCAGGGGCCGUGGUGGUGCCUGCGAAGGAGAGCGAAGAGAUUCUGAAGCAAAGAGUGUUUUCGAAGUUGGAGGAGAAGGAGUGGGAGAGUGUGGGGUGCGUGCUGCCUGCGUGGCAGGCGCCGCGCAGCAGCAGCAGCAGCAGCAGCAGCAGCAGCAGCAGCAGCAGCAGCAGCGGGGGGCCCCAGUUCGCAGGCUCGUGGGUGCAGCGCUUCCUGCUGCAGGGCUGGAGGGUCGUGGGCGUGGACCUGCAGAGCCACGGGGCCUCCCACGGCUGGGGGGCCCGCAGCUGCCAAGUGGAGGCCUUUGAUGACUUUGCUGCUGACCUCCAAACUUUGCUGCUGUCUCUGGCCAACGAGGGGCCCCUCCCCAUCUUCCUGCUGGGCUCUGGACUCGGUGCUGCUGCUGCUGUUCGUGCUGCGCAGCUCCUCGCCAAGCAGGGGCUCCUCGGCCGCCCCGCGCCGCUGCAGCAGCUGCAGCAGCAGCAGCAGCAGCAGGGGGAGCAGCAGCAGGGGGAGCAGCAGCAGGGAGAGCAGCAGCAGCAGGAGCAGCAGCAGGAGCAGCAGCAGCAGCAGGAGCAGCAGCAGGAGCAGCAGCAGCAGCAGGAGCAGCAGCAGGAGCAGCAGCAGCAGCAGGAGCAGCAGCAGCAGCAGCAGCAGCAGCAGGAGCAGCAGCAGGAGGAGGUGCAGCAGGGGCAGCAGCAGCAAGGCAAGGUGCAGCAAGGAAAGAAGCAGCCAGCGAAGAAGCAGCUGGGGGGGAAGAAGCAGCAGAAAGAGGCGAAAGAGGAUCAUGGAGAGCAGCAGCAGCAGCAGCUGCAGCAGGGGACGGCUGAUGCAACAACAGCCUCCACUGCGAGUUCCCAACGCGGCUCUAUGGACUCUAAGGGAGAGCCCUCAGCAGCAGCAGCAGCAGCAGCUGCUGCUGCUGCUGCUGGCGGGGGCGUUGCCCGUUUGGAGAGCUGCCGCGUGCGUCCGGAGAGCGGAAGCUCCGCGGACGAGGAAGCUGCUGCUGCUGCUGCAGUGAGCGCUGCUGCUGCUGCUGCUGCUGCAAUGGGGGCGAGCCACCGAGUGGUGCAGCAAAAGCCAGUGCCGCUGGCGGGCCUGGUGCUGCUGUCGCCGCUGCUGGAGGCGCCGCAGCAGCAGCUGGGCAGCAGCAGCUUGCUGCAGCCGCUGCUGCAGCCGCUGCUGCAGACGCUGAAGACCUGGGUCCCGCACUGCGGGCUGCUGCCGCGGCCUGCUGGCAGCAGCAAACCAGAAGUUCAAGACUUGUUUAAUGAAGACAAAGGCACUUUUAAAGGCUGCUGCCGCAUCAACUUGGGACUUGAGAUUUCCCAAGGAGCAGCAGCAGCACAAGCUGACGCCCACUGGCUUCGCAGGCCCAUCCUCAGAGACGCGCGCCAGCCCUUCAGCCUCAGCGACUGGGUUAAGCUGCUGCACCGCAGGGAGCAGCAGCAGCAGCAGCAGCAGCAACAGGGCGAGCUGCAGGGAGAGAGUGCGCCUGCGGAGAAGGACGCAGCAGCGUCGGCGCCCACAGCAGCAGCGGCAGCAGCAGCAGCAGCAGCACCAGCUGCAGCAGCAGAAGGCAGCUACUUGUCCGUUUUGGCCAUUCAGUCUCUCGAUGAUAACAUUUUGCCCCCAAUGGGACUUGUGCGUUUUUACGAGAAGUUGGGGGGCCGUGCGCGGCUGCCGCAGCCGUGGGCUUCGCUGCGGCGGGAGGAGCGGCAGCGGGAGCGGCAGCAGCAGCGCGCUGCUGCUGCUGCUGCUGCUGCUGCAGUAGCAGCAGCAGCAGCGGCGGCCUCCUGGUUCUCCCCCUCUGCUGCUGCCUCCUGCUGCAGCUCCACUCCCGCCUCCGCUUCAGGCACAACAAAGCCCGCAGAAGAGCCUCUGCGGCUCUCGGACACCAAGCCCUCCGGGCCUGCUGCUGCUGCUGCUGCUGCUGCUGCUGAGGACGCCCAGCAGCAGCAGCAGCAGGAAGACGAGUUCGAGAGGCCUGAUGCAGCCUUCGAGGCGGAGUUCUUGUCUCGUGCUGCUUCGCAGCUGGAGCAGCAGGCGAGCCUGGAGCUGCAGGCCAGCGAAGCAGCAGCAAAAGAGGCGGAAGCAGCAGCAGCAGACGGCAGCAAAGAAGCAGCAGACCGAAUCGCCUCAGCUCUCGAAGCAAUUAAAAGUGCAAAUGAAACUCUUGAAAGGGCCAGCACUUUAGACAGACUUGCUUCCAAGGCUUGCGAGAGGCUGGCAGCAGAGCGCAGCGCAGCAGGGCUCGCGGCCCAGUUUGCUGCGCUGCGGCCGCCAGCAGCAGCAGCAGCAGCAGCAGCAGCAGCAGGCCCGGAGGGCUUGGUGUCCGAGAGCCGCAGAGGCUCUUCUGCGGGCUUUGUUGUGCCUGAAGCGGAGGCGGGAGUGGAGCUGCAGCAGGAGGCAGCAGCAGAGGGGGAGAACCAGGAGGCCGCCGCUGCUGCUGCUGCUACUGCAGCAGCAGCAGCAGCAGCAGCGCCGGCCGCAGAAAGCGGAGAAGGCGGGUGCUUGCGGGGCUCCUGCUGCAGCUGCUGCGCUGCAGGAGAGGAGCAGCAGAGCAGCGCAGCAGAGCCGAAGCGGCGGCGGAACCGGCGGCGCAAAGGGAAGGCGCAGCAGGAGAGCAGCGGGGGGCUGCUGCUGCAGUGCUGCAGGUGCGGGCAGCAGCAGCAGCAGCAAGGGGGCGCAGCAGCAGCGCAGCGGCGCCCCGCGGGGCUCUACUGGAAGAGGAAAAGAUGGGGAAGAGUCCCGGGAAUUGUUUUCGAUGAAGAUGGAUGUCAAGUUCUUGUAGAAAAUGCAAAAGAACUCAUGGAUGCUGUUCGGGCUAGUGGCUUCGAGCCUUUUCCCGAGCCAGCUGUGGGGCCCGCGGAGGCUUCCGAGGAGGAGCUGGAGGCUGUGGAGGAAGAAGCGGAGCAGCAGCAGCAGCAGCAGCAGGGGGAGGAGGGGGAGCAGCAGCAGCAGGGGGAGGAGGGGGAGCAGCAGCAGCAACAGCAGCAGCAGCAGGCGUCCAAGAUCGUCAGCUCCAGCCACGACGGCAGCCUGCAGCUCUGGCUGCUGAGGGGCUUCUCCCACAUGCUCACAAAAGAGCCAGGAAAUGAAAACUUGCAAAAAGACAUUAUUGAAAAGUUCAUUUGCCCAGCUCUCAAGAGCCUCUCCCCAGCCUAG